AUGAAAGAAGCCCAUAUGAAACAAGCAGAAAUAAUUAAAAAGUUGGAAAUUAAUAGAAAAAAGGAACUGGAAUUUCUUUCGAAUGAACUUCAAAAAUAUGAACUGAAUUUGGCCUUAAGAACGGAAGCUGUUAAAAAGCAAUUAGCACAAAAAGAUGAAAUCAUACAAAAGCAAGUCGAAAUAAUAGAAGAUCUCACUAAGAAAAUUAAAGAUAAAGAAGAUUUUGUCAUUCCAGAUAUAACGAUAAGCGUCGAGUCGAAUUCUGACUCCGGUGUUGCUAUGGAAAACGAUGAAAGUUUAGAUAAAUCAGAGAAAAUCAAAGUGGAAGCAAAACCAACCCGAAAAUGCAGUAGACGUUUUGCAGACCCAAUUAGUUUUCUACGAAGGGUAGAUUUUUCUCCCAUGAAAUAUAAACCUAGCAAUCUAGAAAACAAAAAGAAGGAUGAUAAAAAGAAGAAUCUGGAUGUUCCUAUAGAUUCAAGAGUUUUUGUGAGACAAUUAAGUAACGAGAAAGUUAAUAGUGAUGAUGACAGACCAUCGGAAGACACGAUGUUUUCAGAUGAAGUUGUUGAACCACUGAUACUACGACCUAAGAAAAUAAAUGACAGCAUGAAUAACCAUUUCUCUGAUGAUGGAAGUGAAGACACCAGCGAAGAAAUAUUUGACAGAGUCAUGACCAGAAGCAGCAUCCGAAGAUCUGUAAAGGCGAAUCCUAAAUAUAAAAAAAUAAGUAGAACUAAAUCUAAACUCUUGGAACAAGUUAAGGUUAACAUUGUUGAUUAG